CCCUUUUUGUGUCCUGACUUCAUACUAGUCUGGGGUUCUUGUUGCCACGUCAGUCACUUGAUAUAUCGGGUAAAUAUUAUCGCUUUUUUAGCAUUUACUUUAGCUGUAUUUCUCAAAAAUCAACCAUAUUUGUCAUUUCUUUGGAUUCUAAAAUAUUCUUUAACUGUCACGUUUUGAUAAGUAGAUUUUCUGAUACAGCCGUGUGUUCGCGUUCGGAACAAGUGCACUGACUGUUCUUCUGCUAAAGCGCAGAACUGGUUUUUAAACUCUGCUGAUGAAGGGAAGUAGAGACGCGAGACGUCCGAGAAACAACUUUUUGGAAUUAACCUGGUAAAUCCAGAAGUCAGGCUCUCUCCUGCUUCAGUGUUUUAUGCUAAGUGGUGCGUGAUCAACAAGGAGGAGACAGCCGAGAGAAGUUUCUGACUCUUACGCGAUUUAUGGAAAAUACUGUCACCGAUUGGGAAACCGAGGCACUUCUGACCAGGAAGCGACAAGGGUUGUGUGACAAUAAACAAUGCCAUUCGACUGUAAUGAAGACUCUCUACCCGCAGGUAUUUUUUGCUGCUUUUGCCUGCGUACUUCUUGCACUCUUUCUCUGCUACCAGAACCUGCCGCAGCCGCUCCAGAACUUCCCUCGUCUAGAUAGCGAGGCGAAUCGAAUCACCAUUCUGAUAUGGUGGCGCCCUUUCGGGAAUAAGAACAACUUCACAGAUUGCGGGGGGCUGUUUGGCAUCCACGGAUGCACGCUGACUACUCAUCGGGAUUUAUACCCGCAGGCUGAAGCAGUCAUCAUUCACCACAGGGAAAUUUAUGGGAACCUCAGCAGACUUCCACAGAGACCCCGACCAUUCAAUCAAAAGUGGAUAUGGAUGAAUUUUGAGUCUCCUACUCACACCUCGGGGUUAGAAGAACUGGAGGGAAUUUUUAACUGGACAAUGUCCUACAAGGUGGGUUCUGACAUUUUUAUGCCUUACGGUUACCUGCAUCCGAAGAAAACGGGUUCGAAGUCCACGAAAGUGCUGUUACCGCGGAAGAAAGGUCUUAUUGCGUGGAUCAUUAGCAACUGGAAUGAGGAUCAUGCACGGGUUGAAUUUUACCACCGACUCAGAAUGCAUGUUCCCAUUCACAUAUAUGGCCGAGAAGGGAUGGAGCUGAUAAACAACAGUAUUGUCCAGACUGCUUCUCAGUACAAGUUUUACCUCGCCUUUGAAAAUUCCCAGCACCCAGACUACAUUACAGAGAAGUUAUGGAACAACGCUCUCAAAUCCAGCGCUGUACCAGUGGUGUUGGGGCCACCCAGGGAAAACUACGAACUUUUUCUCCCUUCUGACUCUUUUAUCCACGUGGACGACUUUCAUAGCCCCCGAGUGCUUGCUGCCUAUCUGAAAUUUCUAGAUAAAAAUCCCAGGCUGUACAGAAAAUAUUUCAACUGGAGGAAGAAGUACGAUGUACAUGUGACCAGCUUUUGGAGUGAACACUACUGCGCAGUGUGCAAAGCAGUCCGGGCAGCACAAUAUCAGACUAAAACCGUCAAAGAUCUUGCCUUGUGGUUUGAAACCUGAAGACUAGCCGAUUUACAAACCUUCAGGAACGUGUGGUGAGGCGAUAAACACAUACGUGUAAGACUGCCACCACUAAAGUGUCAAAACAGGCUUUCCUGGUGGGUGGUGCUGAAGGUGCGGGCGUUGUCUUUCGCUUUGGGCUGAGGUGACUGAUUUUUCGCAUUACAGUGGUGCUCUAAUCUCUAGGGAUCUGAAAUCUCACUACACCCGCGCCAGAGAAUACCUAUAGUAAUGAUCUAUACCUGUCUUUCAACGUGUGAAAAGUCGUUUUUUUUAAUUGAUUCUCUAAUUUACAGGUACACAGAAUAAACAGGCGCGCUAGUGCAUAAUCCUACAUAAUGAUUUUGUUUUUCCUUCUUCCUCCGCAUUAUUUUACAUUGUUCCCUGGAUUUUUCUAGUUGAAACUGAGUGAGCUCCAGCUGGGAGACACUUCGUCAACUUGUUUAAAACUUACUCCGGAUCAAUUUGGCAGUCUAGUAAACUAAAUUUGCCGACAUUAAUACAUGUAUUAGUUCUCUGUAACUGGAGUCGUAACAAUAUGACACAACUACCGUGUUUCAGCAUAAACAUGCAGAUUGUUUUAGAAGUACACAGUACAGGUAUUCAAACUCUUGCGCAAUACUUACAUUUUGUUUGAUACAUGAUACAUUGCAGUAGCAAAUUAUAUUUGUAAUAUACACAAAUUGCUACCAUUUAAUGUUUGUACAUUUUAAAGCAAAAAAGGAAACAAGUUAAUAGAUAAUCUGAAAGAAAAAAGGCCAUUAUAGCAUCUGUCAAAUCUUUUUGCUGUGGCAAACCUAACAUUAAUAUUAAAGACUGAAUAACUCUUUAGGCUUGGUCAAAUUUAGCAUUUAGAAUUGGAAGGCACCCAGACACUGCCAGUCUCAGACUCUCUCUCCAACCUGAGAAGCUAGGAAAGGAGAAAUCUGGUUAGAUAUGCCAUCAUGAUGCACUUGGAGACUUUGAAGGUGGUCCAGAGAUCAGUGGCUGUGAUGGGAGAAAAUGGUCAUGUCGUCAAAUAACCCAGUCACUGCACAAAGGGGGCUUCUAUGAAACUGCACAAACCCUCACUUCCUGCAUGCAAAUAUAAGUAAGUGAUAAUGCAAAUGUGGCAAAAGGAUUUUUGGUUAGAUAAGACAACACUGGAACUAACUGGUCUUAAUACAAAGUGUUACAUGUGACACACGCCCAGCAUAAUACUUCCCUCACUCAACACUCAUUUCUACUGUCAAACAUUGUGGUACCAGCAUUAGGUUAUGGUUACACUUCUUAUCAUCUGGGACAGGGAAGCUUGUCAAGACUGAUGUGAACAUAGUACUGUUCUCAAACCUUAAGAGAACACCUGCUUCAGAACUAAACCUGGGACAAAAAUCCACGUUUUCAACAGGACAGUGAUCCUAACACAGGGCUAAAGCAAUUCUGGAGUGGCUUAAUGAUAAGUAAGUGAAUGUCCUUAGUUGUCCAGUGAGUGCCUGACUUGAAUCCUAGAGAGAAUCUGUGGAAACACUUGAAAACAGCUGUCUAUACAGUAAGUAAUUGCUAAGCAACUUGAGUGAUCUUGAGCAAAUGUGCCAACUUGAGACAUACAUAGAAAUGCUAGCAGCUGAAAUGGCUGCCCAAGGUGCUUCCAUCAAAUAUUAUUUCAUGAAUACAUAUACAAUCAACCUAUUUGUUUUUUUCUCUUUACUUUUUGCAGAUAUUUACUGUAACUUAUCAUUCCCCUGGAAGACUUCAGCUCGAGCAUUCAUGUCUUGAAUAAAAUAUUAA